UAAAAUACUUCUAAAUAUUAUUGCAUAUGUGUGCGAUGCGAAUGACCGCGGUAGACGGGACUUCCCCUGCAAAACCAGAUUAAUGCGAUUAAUCGACAAAUCGUAAUGGCGAUUCUUGCGCUGACAAGCGAGACGGCAUACGAAAAAGAAGGACGUAAUGCAAAACAAACAAAAAAAGUGGUAUUUCCAAGGAUCAGGAGGUGAAGCGAUAUAAAGCUGAUGAUCGAGCAGAAAAUUUAAUUUGUGAUAAUCAUUUCUGCAUCGAACGCGCUACAACCAUGAAGUUCGUUUCUCUGUGUAUGCUUGUAGCUUUGGCAAUUGGCGCGAAUUGCAGCUAUCCGAGCGUGUGUCCGAAGAUCGUGAAGAGGAAUCAGUGGGGUGCGAAGGCGCCGCAAGAAGUUGAUUAUGUGAUCAUCCCGGUGGAGUACGUAGUCAUCCACCACACCGUCACCGAUACCUGCAGCUCGGAGGUGAGCUGUUCGAACAUCCUCUCCAACAUCCAGAACUUCCACAUGAAUGAUCUGAAAUUCCACGACAUCGGAUACAACUUCGCGAUUGGCGGUGACGGGGCCGUUUACGAAGGCGCCGGAUGGCAUAAGAUCGGAGCGCACACGCGCGGCUACAACACUAAAUCUAUGGGCAUCGCCUUCAUUGGCAACUACGUCGAUAAGGCACCAAGCGCAAAGCAGCUACAGGCCCUGAAAAACUUCCUGGCGUGCGGCGUCGAGCUCGGUGAGCUGAGCAACAGAUACAACCUCAUCGGCGCUAGACAGGUCGGAAGCACUCAAAGUCCAGGUCUGAAGUUGUACCAGGAAAUACAGAAGUUACCGCACUUCAAAAAGAAUCCAUAAACGCUUCAUUGCCACAUCAUAAUCAUUAUAUCACAUAAGCUGACACGUUUUUUUUUAAUUCCUUAUAUCAUUUCAUACCUUCCCGGCUUAUGGGAAGUUUGAGUUUGGCCACUUUGACGACGACAGCAUUAAUUGUGUCGCAAUUUGAAUUUUGAACAAAUUUACUCUGCAUUAACUAUUACUACUUUUCGAAGCCAUGUUUUGAUUACUAUAUUGUAUGUUGGUAAAUAAAUAUUCUUAAAAAAA